GCCAACCACGUGACCCGCAAAGAGGGCCUGGAGUUUGCGCAACGAAAGAAUGUCCAGUUCUUCGAGAGUUCCGCAAAACUAGACAUAAAUAUAUCGGAGCUCUUCUCCAAGACUUUUGACGGAAUGAUUAAACGCUAUGUUUUGACACCUAUUUUGAAGUCUACCCUCAAGUAUAAGGCCGUAGUGUUAGGCGAUCCCAGUGUCGGCAAAUCGGCUAUAAUUGAGCGUUUAUGCGGACAUCCAUUUCCCGGUGACAACUCUAUUGGCACUCAAUUUAAUUCAACUGGAGACCAAUCAUUAGCGCAAAUGAUGCCAAUGUACUACCGGAGCGCACACACCGUACUACUCGUAUACGACAUACACUGUCAGCAAUCGUUCAACAAUUUGCAUAAAUAUCUC